AUGUCUAAAAAGUGUAACCAAGUAUUUGAAAAUAACAUUGAAUCUCUGAACUUUCUUCUUAGCAGAGAAAGAGACAAGCCUCCCCUUGAAAAUUUUCUUGCUGGCAACGAAAUUCAAGGCUGAAUGCGGGACAAGCUAGUACAAUGGAUGUUCAAGCUGUCUCACGAUUUGAACUUACGGGUUGAAACAAUUCAGUUUGCUAUAACUUUGAUGGAUUUAUUUCUCUCUAAGGUAAAAACAGCAAAAAGCGUUAUGCAAUUGCUUGGAAUCGUAACAAUAAUGAUCUCAAUCAAAUUUAACGAAAGCAAACAACUCACAUUGCAGGAUGCUUUAACUCAUGCAGGGAGCAGACAUAGAAUUUCAGAAAUACAACUGACAGAAGUCUUCAUUUUGCAUAAGCUUGAAUGGAAGCUUAACAUAACUACAGCUUCAGAGCUUGCCCGAAGACUGCUAAUUCUAACUGGCCUUGACAACGACUUCUGUAGGAUCUAUGACCGCCUUGAUGCUUUUGCCUGCGUCUGCUAUGGAAACUAUGAGCUCUCCCAAUAUAGACCCUUAGAAAUUGCGAUAUCAAGCACAAUUUGUGCUCUUGAGCAAUACAACCAACUAAAUUUCAGAAAUCAGUGAAUCCAGCUACUGUUUACCCAAAUUUCUCUUGAUAUUGAGAGAAUUGACGCCUGCAAGAGAGCACUUUUAAGAGUACUCCAUUCCCAAACCUCUCAUUAUGACGCAAAUAAGCUUAAUUCUAUAACACUUGAAAGCAUCGAAACUUAUAUAAGAAGGAAUUGUGAUGAAAAAUCCUAUUAA